GGAUCACAAUACAGUUCAUGUUUGUAUGGCGACUUAAAGGGGUAGACCUACAUGCUCCGUUAUUCCAAGGCGGCCUGCCUCGACUGCAGCAUGCAUUUCCAGAGAGUGGCAUGGGCCCUGGUUUUCGUGGUGUGGGUGCACGUGAUGCCAACAGCCGAGAGCUGUGAGGGUCAUGUCGAGUUGGCUGCCACGGCCCAGCAGGCCAGCAUCUUCUCAACCAACUACCCCAGCAGCUAUACCAAUGCAGCAUCCUGCAGCUGGCGGCUGUACCCAGCGACGACAGGUGCCCGCGUGUACAUCGAGGUGGUCGACGUCGACCUGGACGACACACACGGCGUCUGCAGUGACAACCUCACCAUAUACGCCGGAGCUGACACUGGUGGCAAGAUGCUAGAUCGAAUUUGUGGGAGACGUGCACCUACCCUGGUGAAGACGGAGCCCGGGGGGUCAGCCUACCUGUCCUUCUCUGCUGACAGUGCAAGGGUGGGCCGGGGAUUUGCUCUCAGAUACUGGGAGGCGCUUGAAGGGAAUCGUAGUGUGAACUACCCCCAGUGUGUACCCGGCGAGGUGCAGAGGGUGGAGAUAGGUGCCACACCCCAACGGCUGGAUCUACCCGACUACACUGCCUGGGGCUCGACAUGCGACUUCCUGCUUGAGACAGACACAGACCACGUGCUGCUGCUGAGACCAGUGUCAGGCACUUUGGCUGUAGACAUUGACUGUACAACAGACCACAUCACAGCAUACGAUGGAACAACCAACGAAGGCGCCCCUAUAAGGUUGUGGUGUACGGAGACGGGCUUUACCGCCGUGUACAGCUCUGGUAGCUCGCUGUUCCUUCAGACCAGACUCACUAAAAGAGUGGGCACCCGUAGUCCAGCACAGCUAGGUCUCAUGGCCUACAGACAGCCCAGAGCAUCAGGUGACUGCGACAGCAGUGCUUUCCCGACUGUCCAGAUACCCUUCAGCCCUGUGUACAUGUGGGUACCGUUCUCCUACGGACUGGAUGGUCAACCUUGCCCUGUGUCCGCCGCAGUCCGGUCACUAGGGCCAGCUAGCAGCCUGGUCAUCACUGUCCUGGCGUCCACAUCAGUAACAGCCGUCAACUGCGGCUCCAACUACAUACAAGUGUCUUCAUAUGCUGACACAAUGGAGUUCCUGCAUCAGCCCAAGUGCUCGGACGAGGGACGGCCGUACUACCGACCUGAAGAGACGGAGCUGGUCAUUGGUCAAGCUGUGGCCGGAAGUGGGGUCAGAUACCUGGUGGAGGUCAAGGCCGAAGGGUACAGAUGUAAGAAGGAGACUCAGGAUAUCGUGGUAUCAGUACAGCCCGACCUCCUCAGCAUGGACCUACCUGACUUCCACGGAGCAAGGUCCACCCAGUGUACAUUCCGCCUGCGGGCGGCCGGAGCGGACAAGCUGGUCAAGUUAACGUUUAAGGACAGUAACCUGGUCCGAGGGCCGGGCGUACCCUGCAGUGGCGACUAUUUCGUGGUGUUUGACGGGUACAACCGGUCAUCGCCCCGACUGGGGGAGUACUGUGGACAGCGCCUCACUCGGCAGCCGGUCUUCACAAGUACAUCCCCCUACCUAUUUGUGGAGCUCAUCACAGCAACAGCCGGGCACUUCGUUCACGUGCAGUGGGAAUACUCCUCAUUGGAAGAUAACCGGUGCUUCGGGACUAUGGAGCUAGAAUCCUCGGAGAGGGACCAAUUCAUAGAUUCGCCGGGUUAUCCGAGCUCCUAUGCAAGGGACCUGAGCUGCCUGUACCUUGUCACCUCCCCUGGGGACCACGCCGUCAGAGUGGACCUGCUCGACCCCUCCCUCCCUGCUGACUGCUCCGACAACAUCACCGUGUUUGACGGUAACAGCACGACAAGUCCUGUGUUGGGGACCUGGUGCGCCUCCAGUAACAACACCAGCCUCACCAGCUCCCACUCGGCAGUACUGCUCCAGUUCACCUCCAGCUCUCACUCCGGGACCAGCAGGUUCAGGGUCAGAUACCUAGACGACGUACCUAAGUUUGCUUCCCCCGAGGAUCCGCGCGUGCUCCCCGCUAUAGCGGCAGUGGUGGGACUCGCCAACAGCGUGGGGCUGGUGUUCCUGGUGUCGGCUGCCUGCUGCUAUUGGAGGAACAGGACCCAGAGGGGCACCAUGGUGAUCGAGGAACACCUGGAUUUGGCAGAGGGAUAGACGAAGGGAGGUCUAUGUCUAGAAUCACGACCUCAGCUUAGACACAAGUCCAAUAUUAUUUUUAAGAAGCUUUGCAAUAUGUUCGACAAUCUUUGACUAUCUGACUAUAAUAAGCAUGGAUGUUUAAUCCCAGUAAGGCACGAGUCCCACCCAGGAAGGGCAACAUGUUAUAGGGGACUUUAUCAGGAAAGAAAAAACUUUAUGUAAGUCGACAUGAAGUUAUUUCUCCUGCUUAAGACAAUGUUGCAAAAACAAUGCAAUAACUGAACUGAACUUUUGCUUUUAGUUGUCUUCAUCUGAUGAUUUGGUCAUUAGCAAACACAACAUAUUUUCUUUUUUUCUGUUUAGGAGGAUAUACUUCAACUGUAUUAAUGAUAUUGUUAUGCUCAAAUAUGUUUCAUCAAAUGUUUUUAAACAUAGUAUGCUCAAAUAUGUUUCAUAACUCCUUUAUAAAUAUAACUUUGCAUAAAUGACUGAAUUAAUAAUAUAUUAAC